ACAAUUUGGAACUAAUCUUGACACCUCUCUGCUAAUGGAUUAGCAAGCGUUCGUUACCUUCCUUUAGCUUAGCCUAGUUACAAAAACCUUACGGAUGAACACAGAGCUGUUCGGUGUUUAUUGUUUAGGUAAAUAUGUCGUAAAUGUUUCCAACUAGCCAUGUUUGCAUUUUUUCGCUCUGUUUGUAAAUAAAGGAGGUUCGGAAGCUCGCGGAGAAGAUAAGAAGAAACGGUUGGAGCCUUAAUUAAAGGAAAACCUCAUCCAAAAACUCCAAACACAUUAGUGUUAAACCUGAGCGUAUCAUAUGUGUCACCUGGAGGGCUGCGACAAUGGCAGAUGACAAAGAUGUACUUCGAGACGUGUGGUUCGGCCGGAUACCGGCGUGCUUCAUGCUUUAUCCAGAUGAAGUCACGGAGAGAGAAGCAGAACCGUUUUAUCUCCUCCUUCCGAGGAUCAGUUAUCUGACGCUAGUGACCGACAAGGUCAAGAAGCACUUUCUGAAAGUCCUAAAAGCCGAAGACGUAGAGGAAAUGUGGUUCGAAUACGAAGGCACGCCUCUGAAAUGGCACUAUCCAAUCGGAGUAUUGUUCGAUCUCCAUGCUUCAAAUACUGCUCUCCCUUGGAGUAUCACUGUACACUUUAAGCAUUUUCCUGAUCGAGACUUGCUCCGCUGCUCCUCGAGCGUCGUGAUAGAAGCCCAUUUUAUGUCCACCGUUAAAGAAGCAGACGCAUUCAAGCACAAGAGCCAGGUCAUCAACGACAUGCAGAAGAAAGAUCACAAGCAGCUGUGGAUGGGCCUGCAGAACGAUAAAUUUGACCAGUUCUGGGCCAUAAAUCGCAAACUGAUGGAAUAUCCAACUGAGGAGGGCGGCUUUCGAUAUAUUCCUUUCAGGAUAUACCAGACGCUGAGCGACAGGCCGUUCAUUCAGAAGCCGUUCCGGCCCGUUUCUUCUGAAGGCCACGCCCACACCUUGGGAGAUCUUCUCAAAGAGAUGUGCCCUGCUGCCGUAUGCCAGGAUGAUGAUCCAAAGAAAUACCAAGUGGUGAUUCACGGCAUUGAGCCGCUGUUCGAGACGCCCAUCCAGUGGCUCAGCGAGCACCUGAGCUAUCCAGACAACUUCCUUCACAUCUGCAUCAUCCCAGCACCAAACGACUGAACUGCCCAGGUGGCCCGAGAACGACUGCUGCUCCCGUCAUCCAGGAGGGACCCUUCCAGAAGUGUAUUCACUUUCUCAAACUUCCUGCAUUCACAUUUGACUACUUGGCCUGCCACGCCCACUGCUCCGAGAUUUGGUGGAAUGGAAAUAUCGUUCCUUUCUUAUGCAUGCCAUAGGGAUGUAAAUAACACCUUUUUCUGUCUCUAUAUCCGAGUAUUACCUUGGUAUUUUUAUGUAACAAAUUAGCCUACUAGUUCAGAUGAGAUUCAGAUAUUUUCUCCACACUGUUUACUAAACUAAUCUUUUUACAUCCCUGGUAUGCAGUUCUCUCUCUCUCUCUCUCUCUCUCUCUCUCUCUCUCUCUCUCUCUCUGAUGAGAUCUCUUUACAUGUUGCCUUAGAACUCACUCAUCUUCACACCGGCAUGAUGAGGCACACUCCUGAUUUUGUCCUGGUUUUGCUGAGUGAUUGGUAUCCCUGGGUCAAAAAGGCCAGAGCUUAAGUUUUGAUCAGCCAGUCGCCGUUUCGACAGCUCAAUAUGGUGCUCUGAAUACAAUAACGAUUUCAACAUUAAACCGUUAAACCUAACACUGUACUAAUGUUAAGGUCUAACAUUAAGUAGCUAGGCUUGCUUUUAUAAUGUGUAAUCAACACUAGUAACAAAGUUUACUAGAAUGUAAACCAGCAUUAAGGGACGAAUGAUACAUUUAUUUGUUUAUCUAGCCUACCAGGCAAGUGAAAGCUCCAAUGUCCUUGCCCAGUCACAUGUAUUUGUGUAAUAGAAACAAACAGUUAGGUAGUUAUGUGCAGCAACACGAACUUGACAAGAAGUCACUAUGUCAUUGGUAAUAUUUUGGAUACGAGAUGUGUGUUCAGUACUCGCAUCGCAAGUUUAAAUGUUAUUUGUGUCCUGCUCGAGUGUUUUUACUCGCGAGGUAACUGCGUGUUGUGCUAGCAAGACAAUUAUAUGAGCACUUUGUGCUGGAAUGUCAGCAGUGUUUCCACAUACCUGCAUGCUGCUGAUUCAGAGACGAUUGUCAUCUGUGUACACCACUUAAUUCGAAAGAAAUGUGAAACAUGCACUGUAGUUACCGUAUCAAUGUGCAUGACGUCAAUUGCAUUUAAACGUGCUUAGGAAAACUUUUGUUUUGCCCAGUCAAAGUUUAUCUUCUUUUUCAGGUUGUUGAAUCUACAUGCAACUAUUAAUAAAAAUCAGUUUGUCCCAGGCGCUCAGGUUACUCGUAUAUCCAUCCCAGUAUUAUAACGAUGCCACAGGAUCAAGUUUAUGGUUGGAUGAUCAAAUAUACAUUGAGCUCCGCCCUCAUUUCCCCAGGGACACCCGUGAUUCUGCAAAAUGAGGAUGCACAUCGGUGCACAUUUUUUCAGUAUUUACAGCAGCUGACUAACACGCUAAUUAUUCGUUUAUAGCUUCUCUUGGAACUCGUUUAUUUAUCAGGAACCACUAAACCCAGAUUCCCUUGGGGGGUGGGGGAGGAUUAUGUCUGAGUAGAAAACUGUCAUUGCUCAAUUCCUGGUUGUAGGUUCAGUCUGGGAACUGGACAUGUCAUUCAAACAGAUUAUUUCCAUAAAUAAUGAACUCAGAUUCCAACUGUUAUAACACCAUACAAAUAUAAAAGCAUAGUAUGGGCAUUCUCAUGUUUUUUUUUUCUCGUUUUUAUUUGUAUAUUUUUUUUUAUAUAUAUACAUAUAUAUAAAAAAAACACGACAGCCAGUUCAUCUGUUGCAGUUAACUCUGUAUGUACGAGAUGUAUCAUGAGGUGUAUGUAUCAUAAGAGAACUGCAGCAUAAUCGCCUGAUCGAAUGCUCAGUAAAGAUUUUAUCGAAUUUAACACAUUAUAGCUGAUCCAGCACAAUAUUUAAUCAACUCUGAUUAUACAGCCGCUAGACAGAACUGUUUAGGCUGGCAACAUUUGUUUGCGUUUAUUUCGUUCGGACGGGACGUGACGGAGGAGGUUGGACAGUCGAGCAGACGAUUAGCAGCUGAGAAUGAUUAUUUGCUUAUAGGAAUAAGUGAGUGUACACUCUCAGACAGAUGGGGAGAGCGAAUACUCAAACCACACCAGGCCACUUCUCAGCAAACCGUCUGGAAGACCUGGGGCUUCGAAGCUUUGAAAUGUGCGCGUCGGGGGAUUUUAUUAUUUUGUAUUUUAAAUCGGACUCCAGAUGUGCGCAUUGAUUGAUUGUAAUUAAUCUACUGAAAUGUCGAUGCUGAAAUCUACACGUUCUUUCGGAACAAGUGUGAUCAAACGAAUUUUUCUUUCUUUCUUUUCUUUUUAUCAUGCCAUGGCUUGCUUUUCUGUCUUUUGCUACUUAACUUGAAAAAAAAAUGCUUAAUAUAUAAUUAAAACAAUAUUUUGUAACUAA